AUGGCGCGCGCCGACGCGGCGGCGUUCCUGCGGCGGCUGCGGGACGAGGCGAUGCGGCCGGGCGACCGCAUCCUCAUUGGCAUUGACCGCCGCAACCCCCGGGAGCUGGUCAGCGCCGCCUACGACGACAGCAAGGGCAUCACGCGCGCCUUCGCCCUGAACGCUCUACACCACGCCUCCCGUCUGCUGGCGGACGCGCGCGCCGCCGCCGACGACUGUGCUGGCGUCGCCGCCGACACGUCGCCCGCAACGCUGGCACCACCUCUCGACCCUGGCGCCUUCGACUACCAUCAAUGGUGCAACGAGGCCGAGGGCCGCCACGAGGGCUACUUCUUGGCCAUGAAAGACACCUGGGUCGGGCUGCCAACGCACACGUACUCCACUGCCGACCCCCGGCCGCCGCACGACCCCAAAGCCACGGCGUGCACGUCCCCGGCGGCGGCGCGAGACAGCUGCCCCUCAACAGGUGCUCAACAAGUCUUCAUCAAGGCCGGAGAUCUCAUCCAAUUCGAGCUGAGCCACAAAUAUUCAGAGGCGGAGGUCCAAGGGCUCGCGUCCGCCGCGGGCUUCGCGCGCGCCGGAAGCUGGGCGGACGAAAGGGCCCUUUAUGAUCUCCACCUGUUCGCGCCACAAUUCGAACAGCCGUCGCCCUCGGCGCCAGCUGGCGGUGCGGCGGGCGCCGCCGGCGCCGAGUUUAGCGCUUCGCCAGCAUCAAAGGGGAGGCGGCCGCCGGCGGUGGGGUGGGCGGGGCGCCAUGGGCUUGGCGGGGCGGGCGGCUCGGAGGCGCCCAGCUGGCGGGAUUGGGUGGGGCUGUGGCGGCUGUGGGAUGCGGUCACGCUGGAGAUGGUUCCGCGCGGCGGCCACCUCCGCCGCCCCAUCGCCCUGCGCAACCCCUACCUGUUCUACCUCGGACACACGCCCGCCUUCCUGGACGCGCGCCUCGGACAGAUCGGUCUGGGGCUGGUCGAUCGCGAUCUGUCCGAGGUUUGCGCGAGGGGCAUCGAUCCAGAUCUCCAGGACCCAUCGAUCUGCCACCCCCACUCGUCCGAGCCCGCCGCCGGCUGGCCCCCGCUGAAUCAGCUGCUGGCCUACCGCGACGCAGUGCGCCAGAAGCUGCAGCAGCUGUACAGCGCCGCCGGUGCCGCGCCCCCACCCAUGGCAAACCAGGGGCGCAGGGCUGGUGUCGAUGGGCCCGCGGCGGCAGUUGGGGGCGGCGGCGGGCGCGGGGGCGUGGCAGCGACGGCGGGGGUGGGGGCGCUGUCCGCGGCGCUGCAGGAGGUCGCCUGGAUGGCGUUCGAGCACGAGGUCAUGUGA